AUGGCGGCUUCCGAGGGUUCGGAUCUCGUUCGGACGGAUAGUACGGCCGCCUCGGAAUGCUCGACUAUUGACGUCUACACAGCAUGCAGUUAUCAUCCCAGCAGCCCCAUGGGCAGAACCUCGCAGUGCCCGACGGCGCGCAGCGCCAGUUUGACGGACGUCGAGGAGUCGGCGUUCACCACGGAUGAGGAGGAGAGCUCGUGUAGCGAUGAUACCCCGAUGCAACAGGGAGCCGCUGGACGCCGCCGAAAAGUUCAGGGUGGCCCGACCGAUAAAUCGUCGCGUGAUGGACCG